GUCACAUUCACUCGACCCCACGAUCACCUCUGGAUUUCUCUUUGAUUGGGAGGCGGACCAGGCUCUGAUCUGCGGACUAAUUCAGAUGCUGCCUUUCUGCUACAGGAGGCGGAGUGAUCUCUCGCUCGUAAACCGAGUCCUCUCUCGGACCUGCAGCCACACUGUCAGAGCGACGCUGGGGGAUGAAGCAGCGCGGCUGUGAUCCGGACGGAUUCUGCUCUACACAAGCCUCUCUUUGACGGAUUUUAACACCUUUAUUUCUUUUUUUUUUUGCUUUGACGUCUUCGAUUCGAGUGCGGGCUUUUCUUCCCCCCUCCUCACACAUGUAUUUCUCAACCAUUUCCACGAGAAUUGGGUCAUGAUCACAUCGCCCACGGUCUCUGUCCUGAGAAAUAGCACGAAUCCAGCGUGGGAGAGCGGCUCCUCCUCGGGGGAGAAGGGCGCAGAGAAGAGCAGCAAGAACCCACCCGUCCACAACUCCGUCUCUCCCGCAGACCCUUCUCGCCAAGCCAACCGUCUUCCCAUCAAGGUUUUGAAAAUGCUCACGGCUCGGGCAGGACACCUUCUACACCCGGAGUACCUUCAGCCUUUACCGUCCACGCCUGUCAGUCCCAUCGAGCUGGAUGCCAAGAAAAGUCCCCUAGCUCUCCUGGCUCAAACAUGCUCCCAAAUCGGCAAACCGGACCCUCCGUCCUCCUCCAAGCUCUCCUCCGUAACCUCCAAUGGAUCUAGCGACAAGGAGAGCAAAUCUGGCCCGCUGAAAAUGAGCGACAUCGGCGCAGACGACAAAUCCAGCUUCAAACCCUACUCCAAGUCUUCAGAGAAGAAGGACUCGAGCGGCAGCCUGAGUGGAGAUAAAACCAGUUUCCGAGUGCCUAGCGCCACCUGCCAGCCGUUCACCCCAAGGACAGGCAGCCCCAGCUCCUGCACCUCCGUGUCUCCUCUCCCGUCCGAGGGCAAAGCUGGGGACAAGGAGGAGAAGAAGGAGUCUGAUAGCAAUAAAAGCGGCUCGACGGAGAGCAACGGCAGCCAUAGGAUAAGUGGGAUUACCUCUGAAGGCGGCCAACACCAGGAGAGCACAUCUGGAUCAAAGACUGUUACAUCAGACUCAACAUCUGUGACUUCCUCCUCCUCUUCGUCCUCCUCUGUGCUCUCCUCCGGGCUGGUGGCCCCGGUUUCCCCCUACAAACCCGGGCAUACAGUUUUCCCUUUGCCACCUGCUGGUAUUUCCUACCCUGGAAGUUUAGCUGGGGCUUACGCCGGCUACCCUCAGCCGUUUCUCCCCCCUGGAAUGACCCUGGACCCCACCAAAUCCAGCAGCCAGCUGUUAAGCGCGCAGUUUGCUGCGGCCAGCUCUCUGGGCUGCAGUAAAGCAGGGACUAGUCCUUUAGCUGGAGCUUCUCCUCCUUCUCUAAUGUCUGCUAGUCUGUGCCGGGACCCCUACUGCCUGAGCUAUCACUGCACGAGCCAUUUAUCCGGUGCGUCCGGUGCGAACUGCGGACAUGACUCUGCGGCGGCUGCAGCCGCUGCGCUCAAAUCCGGAUACCCGCUCAUGUACCCCACACACCCGCUCCACGGCGUGCACUCCUCGGCCCCCUCCUUCAGCGGACACCCCUUAUACCCGUACGGCUUUAUUCUGCCGAACGACCCCCUGCCCCACGUGUGUAACUGGGUUUCUGCUAACGGACCUUGCGAUAAGCGCUUUUCCUCCUCAGAGGAGCUGCUCAGCCACCUGCGGACUCACACGGCCUUCGCCGGCACGGAGAAGUUGAUAUCCGGGUAUCCCGGCUCUUCUUCCCUCGCUAACGCCGCUGCGGCCGCUGCCAUGGCGUGUCACAUGCACAUCCCUCCUAACGGGAGCCCGGGCAGUCCCAGCACGCUGGCCCUCAGGGCCCCUCACCACCCUCUCGGACUGAGCAGCCGCUAUCACCCGUACUCAAAGAGCCCCCUGCCCACACCAGGAGCCCCUGUGCCGGUGCCUGCGGCCACAGGGCCUUACUACUCCCCGUACGCCCUGUACGGACAGAGACUGACCACAGCCUCGGCCUUAGGAUACCAGUAGAGACAGAGAUUUACGUUUAUAAAGGAGAUUUAGGCCACAUGAGUUUUAUAUUGUACUUCAUGCAGGGACUGGAUCCGCGUGGGGAUCAGUGUAUUUAUUUGCGAUAGCUUCAAG